CCAUUGGCGACUUCGCACGAUGGCAAUGUUGAGCAGUGUAGGGUUGAUCAUGAUCAUGUGACAGACAGCUUUGGGAGAGAACAGGUCUGAACACAGAAACAUCAGGCGCAACUAAAGGAGUUUCCACUGCGCGAGAGACAGAGCCUACAAGUGAACAUUGCCCUGCUUUAAAACCGUUAUUCAAGAGCUCUCUGAACGACGUCGACGGUCUGUGGAAAGUUCUGGGGAGAAGCUGUUUUCAACAGCUUGGAUAAAGAAACGUUUGGUGGCGAUAAAACAUUCUCUGUAGAAGAGGACAGACGCACAAAUCUCAGCGGGCAUGCGGGAGUUUUUGGAGUUAUUUGACGGUAAACACUCUACAAACAAAUAAGAACUUUCGCGCAGAUUCCUUUCGUUAACUGCGUCAUCUGUUGGGUUUUUAAAAACCGAUGAUUGGGGGUGAUACAAAGUUUCUUUGCGACAUUGCGUUUGAAAAGUAGCAUCAUCGGGGCAGGAGUUUGGAAUAAAACAGGGAAAACGUAUCAAACCCCUCCGUUUGCUUUUUUAGGGGACUGUCGUGUUUUCCCGAAUUUUAACGCUUUUUUGGAGGGUAAUAUUUUAAACAUGGUUGGGGAAAUGGAAACGAAGGAGAAGCCUAAGCCGACUCCUGAUUAUCUGAUGCAGCUCAUGAACGACAAGAAACUGAUGAGCAGCCUGCCAAACUUCUGUGGUAUCUUCAACCAUCUCGAGCGACUGUUAGAUGAAGAAAUUGGAAGGGUACGGAAGGACAUGUACAAUGACACUCUGAAUGGCAGCACAGAUAAAAGGACUUCCGAGCUCCCGGAUGCUGUGGGGCCCAUUGCACAACUCCAAGAGAAACUCUAUGUGCCUGUCAAAGAAUACCCAGAUUUCAAUUUUGUGGGAAGAAUCCUGGGACCCCGGGGCCUGACAGCCAAACAACUGGAGGCAGAGACGGGCUGCAAGAUCAUGGUGCGAGGCAAAGCCUCCAUGAGAGACAAGAAGAAGGAAGAGCAAAACAGAGGAAAGCCCAACUGGGAACACCUGAACGAAGACCUGCAUGUCCUCAUCACUGUGGAAGACUCUCAGAACCGUGCUGAGAUCAAACUCAAGAGAGCCGUCGAGGAGGUCAAGAAACUCCUAGUCCCUGCGGCCGAAGGUGAAGACAGCUUGAAAAAGAUGCAGCUAAUGGAGCUGGCCAUUCUCAACGGCACUUACAGAGACGCCAAUGUCAAGUCAUCCUUAGCCUUCUCCCUGGCCGCCACAGCACAAGCUCCCCGCAUUAUCACCGGCCACUCCCCGGUGAUGCCCACUGCGGCACUGCGUACCACUGCACCCGCAGCACCCACCCUCAUGCCCCUCAUCCGACAGAUCCAGACCUCUGCCAUCAUGCCAACGGGCACGCCCCACCCCGCCGCAACCCUCGUACCCCAGACCCCUGAGUCAGGCAUCAUCUAUGCACCCUACGAUUACCCCUACACCCUCGCCCCAGCCUCUAUUCUUGAAUAUCCUAUUGACUCAAGUGGUGUUUUAGGUAUGGCUUUCCCGACAAAAGGCUUGUAAUGCUCAGGGGUUUAACACAGUCUUCAGCCCAUAUGAGUGUUAAAAAUGCUUUGCUUUACAGCUGCCUUGGAACAAAAGAGCAAAUGAAGAAACUGAUUUUUUUUAAGAAACAAAAGACUAAAGAUCAUUACUACUCAUGUUUACACUGGUCUUAACUGUUUUGUUGACUUAUUCAUAGAUUAAAAAUGGAUAUUUUCAGAUAAAUACUGAUAAUUAAGCCUUAUUACAUUCCUUUGGUUGAAAAGUAAUCUAUAUUUGUUUCGCUUGUAAUUUUUGUAUUACUUAUUUUCCUGCAACUGUAUCUUAGAUAUUUAGAGAGUGAUCAGUAUUAUUGCUAAUAUAACAUGCUUGUGAAAAAAUUUCUCCAUGAAAUAGCCUUUAAUGAAUUCACAUUAUCUGACGCAUAUUGUGUGUUAAGAACAAUACAAGGGCUCUAUAGUCAUUGUAGAAAUUAGUCAAGAGGGUUAAAAAAAAGCAAAAAAAUUUUUAAUGGAAAUGCGACAGAUUUACUGGGAAAUUGAGAAAGGGCAACAAGAUAUGAUGUGAUUUCACGAUAAAGGGGCCCUGGAGAAAAGGUCACUUGUGCCUUGUAAUUUGGUCUUACAAGCCUUGUUUGUGAAACAAUGUUGUGUGAAGUGUAGUUUUAAUGUAUUUUGAUGAAUAAUCUGUUAAUUCUUGUUUUGUUGGCAAUGUUGCGCUCUGAGCAGGUGCAGUGACUACUAAAAUACGAAGGCAGGAUAUGCGCGUCCAUCCUUACCAAAGGGUAGUGACCGCAGAACGAGGUUAGUUUAGCUCCAGUGUUCAAACUGUGCUCUGUAUAUAUGUGUGUGUGUGUGUGUGUGUGUGUGUGUGUGUGUGCUGCUUCAGUAUGCUGAUUACACUGUUUUUUUCGAUUGCAUCUCACUCAAUACAAACAGAGGAAAUGUUUUUAGUCACUUCUAACCUGCCAAACAAAAAGCAUCAUUUGAGUUUUCAAUCUUGCUGUUAUCAGGUAUAGUACAUGCCAGUCAUACUGUGCAGGGUUUGUUUAUUUACUAAACCUGCCAACCUAGAAAUGCAUUGAAACUGUAGGGUGUCAUCAGCAUACUUGUAUUGUAUUUAGAGCAUGUUCUUGGGGUCACUGAAGCAAAGGUUAAAAAAAUAGAAUACUGUUACAAAAGAAAAUUCUAACUGAUUUACAGGAGGUUACAACAUCCUGUGAUGACUUAUGACAACAUUCCAAAUUCUGAGAUUUCAGCUCUGUUCCAGAAUCUAGUGAGCUGCCUUCUAAGACAGCAUCCUAACUGCCAUGGAACCUUGUUAAUGUACAAUUUCAUAACCAACACAUAACAUCAGUGGCAUUCCGCACAGGAGACUCGACUUGAAAUCAAGUUUGAGGUUAGCAUGUUGCAAGUGUACUUUUUAAAUACACCUGAACUAUUUUUUAUCAGUAUUUGUCAGUAAUGACAUGAAUGCAACAUGAAUGCAUUUUGAAAUAGCCUUUUCUGUAACGGAUGCAUAUAUAUGCUACCUUAGGCUAAAAUGAGGUAAAACGAGCCUUCACAUUGAAAAGUGCCUAAAAAUACUGCCUCUGUAGGAAGCUCACCAGGUUUUGGAACUGACUGUUAGUAUGAUCUGAUAACUUCAGCACUUACAUGCGUUGUAUAUUGAGACAAACAUGACCUGAAGCUUAGUGGAUGUAUGUAGAUGAAAAACAGCUAGUGUGAUAGUGUUAGAACCACUUUGGAGCAAAACUGACAGUCCACUGUGCUCCAUUACACUGAUGACGUUGUGAUGGCCUUCAGGCUCAUAGUCAAUGAAGGGUAAUGAAGCUCACCUGUUUGUUUGCUUCUGUUUAUUCCUUCAUUUGUCAUUCCUUUGAUAUCCUUUCUCAGUUUUAGUGUAUUUUCAGAUAAUUUUAUGUCGCUUAAGUACAUUAGUGUCCCAUUUAAAUCUACUCUUCCAUUCUGAUCCAUUGAAACAUUGUUUCGGCAGCUUUCAAAGAAACAGUUUUGAGUUUUUACUUUAUGAAUAAUGGAACUCUGUUUUACUAUAUAUAUAUAUAUAUUUUUAAAGUCUCAUCUGAUAUAAUAAAACAAAUAAUCUUAUUUAUGGUUCAGCCUGGCCAGAUUAGCAUACGUAAAGUUUAGAAGAUGGUGCAAUGCUGGUUUUCCCCAAUUUAUGAUACAGAUGUAUACUUAGUCAUAUGAAUUGAGAAAAUUCAAUACUGUAUGUUAUUUCAGGCCUGUUAUAAGCUGUAUCUCAUUACAGAAGAUACACUCUAAAAAAAUGCUGGGUUAAAUACAACCAAGCGCUGGGUAAAAU